CUCCUUUAGAGUUCAGUAUUAAUGUAUGAGGCACAUAGAGGCAGAAUACGACUCCCCUCGGGUGCAGUAUUAAAGUAUGUUGUUCAUACAGCCAGACAUAUGACUCCCAAAGGGUUCAAUAUGAAUAACGCUUAUUGAGGCAAAACUAGGGCUCUCUUCCGGUUCAGUCUCACGUCUGGGGCUUAUGAAACCAGACUAAAGCUCCCUGUAUAUAUACACACACACACAAUCAACACCAUCUACCCGUCUCAGCCAUCACCUCAAACCACAACAAAGCCCCGCCCACUAAGGCGAAAUCAACCAAUAGGAGCGGGGCGCUUUGUCCACUUACUAUGACGUCUUGCAUAUCAUUAGUAUAAAUGAUGAGUGUUGGCAAGUUAUGAUGUUUAAAGCCUCCCUUGGGGUUAAACUUUAAACACCGUGGUGAAUUCCAAUCAUUUAAUAAUUUGUAAUAGCGAGUGCAUGCGUAUCACAUAUGCUUAUAUAUGCUUAUAUGUAUGGUAACAUGUGGAUAUACAUUUACAUAAUGCCGGUAUAAUUGUAUUUACAUAUAUACACAUACAUGCACACAUUUAACCUACGCAACACAUGUAUAUAAUUAUUAGACAUUCCACACACAUGCAUGUAUAAAUAUGGACGGACAAGAAGACGCAAUACAAGACCUGGAAUAAUUUCACAUUUAAAGAUCGACAAUUCAAGACCGCCUCCUGGUGAACACUGCUGAGAGAUUAACUCCUUCACUGGUCAACUCCACCAUGGGCCAAUCCCCAAGCUAUGAUGGGCCCGGCCUAGUCUUCCUGCACUAUAACCUGACAGGACGUCUCCGUGGCCGCAAAUUCGACCCCGGUUGGCUCAACAACAACACCAAUGGCUCCAUGCUCACCAGUCCACCAUCACUCGGCACCGACACAAAGACCAUGGUGAUGGCGGUGGUUUGUGCCCUCAUCGUCGCCGAAAAUGCUGCCGUUCUGCUCGCCCUCCACCGCCACCGAACCCACAUGCGCACGGCCACGCACUGCCUGUGCCUCAUGGGCAACCUGGCAUUCGCCGAUGCCGUGGCGGCCGCCGCUUACUGUGCCAACGUCCUCCUGUCCGGCGGCGCCGCGACACUCUCGCUGACACCCGCGCGAUGGUUCGCCCGUGAGGGGGCCGCCUUUGCCGCGCUCGCCGCUUCCCUCUUCAGCUUCGUCGCCAUCGCCGCGGAGCGCCACGCGGCCAUGAUCCGCUCGCGGCCUGGCACGAGGGGCAACGGUGGCGGCAGCGGCAACGGCCAGCGACGCCGGCCACACCGUGGCCCGUUUGGCAAGAGUGGUGGGGUCGGUGGCGGUCGGGCUGGGAGGGUGACAAGGCCGCUGCUCACCGUGGGGGCAUGCUGGGCCGUGGCAGUCCUGGUGGCGGUGCUGCCCAGCCUUGGCUGGAACUGCAUGGGGCAUGUGAGCGAGUGCUCCACGCUGCUCCCACUCUACGCGCGCAGCUACGUGGCCUUCUGCCUGGCGGCGUCUCUGCUGGCGCUGACAGCCACCGUGGUGCUCUACGCUCGCCUCUACCGCGCCGUCGCAGCCAGCCGGCGGAAGCCCGCUCGAGCACUGCGGGCCGCACGGAGGAAGAUAUCAUCGUCGUCAUCGCUAACGUCGUCACCGUCGUCCCGCCGCCGCCGCCCACGCCGCUCGCUGGGCCUCCUGCGCACGCUGGCCCUCGUCGUGGGCGUCUUCAUCACCUGCUGGUCGCCGCUCUUUGCCCUCCUCGCCGUGGACGUGGCCUGCGACAGCCGGCGCUGCCCCGUGCUCCUGCGCGCCGCCGACUACGCCAUCGCGCUGGCCGUGCUCAACUCGGCCACCAACCCCAUCAUCUAUGCCGCCUGCAGCCGCGACAUGCGCCAGGCGUUCAUUGCGCUCGUCUGCUGCCUCCGCGGCGAGCGCUCCCACGCUAGUAGACGAGGCAGCAGCGGGAGCACCAGCGGUGGUCGGAGUCCGUCCAGCAUUUCGUCUUCGUUGAGCGUGCGGCCCGGCUUAGCCGUCGGUGAUGCAGGAGCGACAGUGGUUGGAGCCGCGAAGAUGGUGCCCUCCUCUUUGGAGGAUCGAGACAGGGUGCCAUAUUCACCUUCUUUCUCGUGCUCCUCCUUCUCCACAUCCCCGUCUCCCUCUAAUAACAACAAUGCUUUGGCAUCACCGUCAAAGGUGGUGGUGAUGAUGAUGGUGGUGGCAACUGCGAAAGAGGCAACCACGGAUCCCCCUUCGAGUGGAGUUUUUGUGUUUCCUGAGCCAGUGAAAGAGGAAGAUGUGACAGUGGAGAGAUGAUGGGAGUUGAUCAUGCGAGGGAGUCAAUGGUCAUAUUUGGAAGUAUCACACUGUUCAAAUGAGUGUGGGGCAGUGCUCAUCACUGUUGGAAGUUCUACAAACCCAUGGCAGAGGCCAGCAUCUUUAUAAAAUGAAUAAUGUUGUGACUUCCCACAAAGUGGGUUUAACUCGUUUUAAUGGCCCGAGUCAAAUGAUGGUGGGGCUAACUCGAGCCUCUCCUGGAAUAGUCAAUGUUUUGUUGUGAAACAUAAUUCAGGAAAAUUGUGAAACUUUGACUUUGAUGGAGAAUAGGAAGAGUUGGAGAUGCAUUGUCAUCGACCUCUGGUUCGGAGAAGGCACUGGAAAUGAAAUGUAACACUUGAGAGAUGUAUGAGAGUUCAGCCUCAUUGAACUGUCAGCAACUCCCCUUCACCAAUAUGAAUGUAAUAGUUUCAUUACAUUGGAAGAUAACUUUUGAAUCUUUGGCUGCGAUACAUUUCCACAUGAUAAACCACUAUGUUGAGCUAUCAUUUGUGGCCAAGUCACUUCUGAAAAAGAGAUAUAUAGCUCAGUGGGCUUUACCUGGUCAAAUAAAAAGUUUAGUUUAUAGUUCUUAACUUAUACAGUACUAGCUUUACUAGCCGGUUUCGCCCUGGACUUGGAUUCUUGUCUUAGAUUAACACACGGCCUACGCGGAGGGUGGGGGGGGGAUGCGUGA